AUGGCUUGUGUUGGGCUGCUGUUGUUUUUCUGUUGCUUUCAAAGCUAUUCGUUGACGUGGUGUUCAAGUGAAAAUGGAACUGUCCAGUGUUUUCAAUCCCAUCCUCUGACAUGCCAAACACGUUUUGUUGAUGACAUUGGAGGCGUUCUAAUUUUAAAGAAUCGGCUGUCUUUUAGUGUUCAGUGUGACGUUGUCACAGAACUUCAAAUUGAUGUUGAACAACAUGUCGAAGAAAUUGUUUUUAAACUGAAUAACACUUUACUACAUUUUCCAAAAUUGAGCUUGAAAUAUGAAAACGUCACCGAAAAAACCGUUUUUGUUAAUAAAUUAAUUUCCAAUAGUACUAACAAUAAUAUUUGUGGACCAACAACUGAUUGUGAAAUUUGUGUUCAAAAUGUGUGUCAAAAGUGUUCACAAAAUUAUACUUUAACAACUCGGACAAAUGGCGUCUUUUGUAAAAAAUCAAACGCAAAAUCGUCAUUUUUUGUAUGUGAUGACAGAGCAUACAUAUAUGGGUUGACUUGUUGUCCAAAAGAUUGUGCGAGUUAUGAAUGCCAGUACAGCACAACUACUGGUGUGUGCUAUCGGUGUAAUUCGGGCUUUUAUCUCACUCCAAUAUAUACCAAAGGUGUGAUAUGCACUGCGUGUUCCGCUUUAGAUUCCAAUUGUGUUUAUUGUAGUGACGCAAAUACGUGCACACAAUGUAAAUAUGGGUAUUACCCAUAUGGUAGGUAUUGUUACUCGUGUGGUAAUAUGUACCAGUAUAUUGUACAAAGUGCUCUUAUGGGUAUUAUCUUUAUGCCGGAGAAUGUCGUACAUGUCCAUCAACCUGCGCAA